AUGGAGUUGAAAAAGAGGAAGAGGUCGAUCGACGACCAUCCCAAAAACUCCGCUGAAAAAGAUUCGCGAAAGAUUGACAAGCAGCCUGCUGUUCCUUCGAAGGAGGUGAUUCCAUCGGCUUCUCGUAACUUACCUUGGGGUGGAUCAGGUCCUCCAGCCAGGAAGCCUCCGCUGGCUCCUACCGAGCGUUGGGAUUUUCGUCACAAGAAGGACACGCCUUUCGUCAAUGACCAGGGAUCGUGCGCCAAGCUAUCGCGCAACAUUCGAGGUGGUACACGUGAGAUGCCAAAAAUUCGUGAUCUUGCUUUCCCGGUUAAGUUUGCCGAGUCAUCCCAUGCGGACGCAAUAGCUUCUGCUAGUAAGAACCAACUUGUCUUGGAUUACGAAAUCGCUAUGCGGAAGAUGGCGUUUGACCUUAGCAAAGCUGAAGCGGAGAUCAAGGCCAAGGACGCAGAGUUGGAGAAGGUACGGAAGAGUGCCUUGGAAAAGGCAAAGGAAUUUGCCAUCGAUCGAAACCGCAACCAACGUGAACGCAAGCAGGCUGCCGAGAGGGCUAAUGGUAUCGAGGAGGACCUGGAGAACGCUCGGACUAAAAUCGCCGAGUUGGAGCACGAAAAAAUCGAGGAGGCUGAAAAGCAUAAGAGAGUGACAGAUUUCAUGAAGCAGGCCCGGAUUCGUGAGGUUACGUCAGAGAGGGGGCGCCUCAUGGACGCGGCUGCCGCACGUUUUGACAAAUUUUGGAAAUACAUGGCUGAUCGGGAUAAGCUCGAAACGAAGCUUUGCCUUCACUGCCAGGCUUUUGGGACUUUGCAGUCGAUGGAUGUGUUGGAAACGUGGGGUUUGAAGGUACCGAAGAGGAUGAGAGGCAUCUUGACGGUUAACGAAAAGAAGUACAAGCGUGAGGUUGAGGAAGUCAACAUGGAGGAGAUUACAGAGCGGGAUCUCUCCUUAUCCCCUCCCCGUUCUGGAUCCCUUCAAGGCCUUAACCAAUUCAGGACAAACUUAGGAAUAGUCGACGCGGUGACGGCUACUUCUCUUCGUUCUCCGACAGUCGGCGUUGGGAGUGCUGCUACCGCGGGAGGGCAAUCGGUUGACGGUCCAAAAAACUCGGGUGUUUGA